AUGGCUGCCCAUCGAAUCAUCAGAGUGACCAACAACAACCACGUCCUCCCUCGCUGUAAGUCUGAGGGGACGCUCAUCGACCUCAGCGAGGGGGUGACAGGAGCAAGCCUCACUGAUGUCAAAGUGCCUUCUCCCAGUGCCUUAAGGCUGGAUACUUCAGCCUCCUAUGGAACGGCGCAGGAAGUGGUCGCCAUAAAGGAUUACUGCCCCAGCAGCUUCACCACGCUGAAAUUCUCCAAAGGUGAUCGCCUCUAUGUGUUGGACACGUCGGGUGGCGAGUGGUGGUACGCCCACAAUAACACGGAGAUGGGUUACAUCCCAGCCGCCUAUGUCCAACCGGUGAACUUCAGGAACUCUUCGCUCAGCGACAGUGGGAUGAUCGAUAGUCUCGGGGAGGGAUACGAGGAGGGGUCGAGGGAGUUUGGAGGUUUGGGGGAGUGGACAGGGAUGACUCCGAAACCCUCCCCAAUUUACAACAACAGUCCAUACUCUGUGAACCCUUUUAUCCUCCCGUUAGAUCAGAACUGCAAAGAUACAGCUGUAAGGAACUCAGCAGACCUUAUUCUCUUUGACGCCUUGGCAUCACCAUCAGCUAGCUCCACCUUUAACACAAGUACAAUUAUGACGAAUGGGUUUAGCAGCUGCUACAUAAACACCACCACCCCAAUCAGCCCAAAUCAAGAGGUUGCACCAAACCUCUACAGGGAGAACCCUUUUUUCAGGAGUAAACGUUCUCACAGUCUUUCCGAACUGUCCGUCCUGCAGGCUCAAUCAAAUCCAACAUUGCCCUCUUCUGGAUUCUUCACGGGCCUCAAGGCUCCUGUGCCGGAGCAGUUUCAGAGCAGGGAGGAUUUUAGGACAGCUUGGUUAAACCACCGAAAGCUUGCAAGGUCUUGCCAUGACCUGGAAUCCCUGGGUCAGAGCCCUGGAUGGGGUCAGACACAACCGGUGGAGACUAAUAUCGUUUGCAGGUUGGACAGUAACGGAGGGGUUGUUCAGCUCCCGGAUACACACAUCAGUGUUCACAUCCCUGAAGGCCAUGUCAGCCAUGGAGACUAUCAGCAGAUCUCAAUGAAAGCCUUGCUAGACCCUCCUCUGGAGCUCAACAGUGAUCACUGCUCCACGGUCAGCCCUGUGGUGGAGAUCAAGCUCAGCAACAUGGAGACCAAGUCCUUCAUCACGCUGGAGAUGAACGUUGGAGUAACUGUGAGGAAGGACAGCUGUCACACCGCUGAGGUGCUUUGUGUUCGGAGCGAUUGCAAAGAAGGACCUUACACGCCGAUCCCUAAUGCUUAUAUCUACAAGGAUACAGUCCAGGUCCAGUUGGAUAGUCUUGAACCUUGCAUAUAUGUGGCGGUUGUGGUUCAGUCCCAGUACAUGAGCCACAAUACGACUGUUUGGGACUACACACAGAGGAAAGUAACUCUGGGUGUGUAUGGACCCAAGCACAUCCACCCUUCCUUCAAGACAGUUGUGGCGAUGUUCGGGCAUGACUGCGCUCCUAAGACCUUGCUGGUGAGCGAGGUGGGUCGGCAGGCUAGCUCCAGCCCGGCGGUUGCCCUCCAGCUGUGGGGGAAGCACCAGUUUGUAUUGGGGUACCCUCAGGACCUGCAGGUGGGAUUGUACUCCAACAUGUCCAACUAUCAGGUGAAGGUGAACGAGGGUGCUGGGGUGAUUCGAGGGUUUCAGGUCAAACUGGGGAAAGUCAGUAGGCUGCUGUACAUGAUCUCAUCGCACAACCCCAACAGCAUCUCAGACUUCACUCUCAGGGUCCAAGUCAAGGAUGCUCUGGACUGUAUCCUCACACAGUUCUGUGUCCAAACUCCACAACCACCGCCAAAGACUACGUCGAGGAUAACGGGCCAGAGGAGGUUCUUGAAAAAGAAAGAGGUGGAUAAGAUCGUCCUCUCGCCUCUGGCUGUUACCUCCAAAUACCCAAAGUUUCAGGAUCGUUGCAUUACCAACCUAAAAUUUGGCAAGUUGAUAAAAACCGUUAUCAGGCAGCACAAGAGCACCUAUCUGUUGGAGUACAAGAAGGGGGAUGUUAUCGCUUUGCUCAGUGAGGAGAAAAUCAAACUGCGAGGGCAGCUGCGGACCAAAGAGUGGUACAUUGGAUACUAUCAGGGGAAGAUGGGGCUUGUCCACGCCAAGAACGUUUUGGUUCUCGGCAAAGUCAAGCCCAUUUAUUGGUGUGGGCCGGAUCUAACAACCACCAUGCUACUGGAGCAGAUCCUGAAGCCAUGCAAAUUUCUUACAUACAUCUACGCAACCGUGAGGACGGUUUUGAUGGAGAACGUGGGUAACUGGAGGGCUUUUGCAGACGCCCUGGGAUACGGGAAUUUGCCGUUGAAUUACUUCUGCCGGACUGAGCUGGACAAUGAGCCGGAGAAGGUGGCGUCGGUUCUGGAGAAACUGAAAGAGGAGUGCACGAACAUGGACAAUAAGGAGAGGAAGUCGUUUCAGAGGGAACUCAUGAUGGCGUUGCUGAAGAUGGACUGCCAGGGUCUGGUUGCCAAGUUAGUCCUGGAUUUUGUCUUGUUGACCACUGCAGUGGAGGUGGCGUCCCGGUGGAGGGAACUCGCUGAUAAACUGGCGCGAGUGUCCAGGCAACAGAUGGAGGCUUACGAGGCUCCUCACCGUGACAAGAGCGGACUACUUGACAACGAGUGCAUGUGGAAGCCAGCCUAUGACUUCCUGCUGACUUGGGCGGCCCACGUUGGAGACAGCUACCGCGACGUGAUCCAGGAGCUCCACGUCGGCCUGGACAAGAUGAGGAACCCGAUCACCAAGAGGUGGAAGCACCUGACCGGGACGCUCAUCCUCGUCAACUGCCUCGACACCCUCCGCAGUGCCGCCUUCUGCCCCACCGGAUAUGGAGAUUUUGCCGUCUGA